AUGGCACUGUACUUUCUGUUCUUCUCUGAUUUGUUUUCUGAACAAAGAAGAUUUCAAGGCCUUAUGGUAUCAUCAGUUGGUUACUUUCUUGCUGAUCUUGGAAUGAUUACUUGGUUAUACACUUCUUUAGGAGGACCAGAAUAUGUUAAAUUGUACUUUGUUGCGAAGUGUAUGUCACAGGUAUCAUCAGUUGGUUACUUUCUUGCUGAUCUUGGAAUGAUCGUUGGAAUGAUUACUUGGUUAUACACUUCUUUAGGAGGACCAGAAUAUGUUAAAUUGUACUUUGUUGCGAUGUGUAUGUCACAGAUGGCAAGAAUUGUUCUCUUCAUCUACAUGUUUUACCAUGUCCACAUACACUAUGAUCAGAUAGUGAAGGGAACUUACGAAAACUCCAGAGAUAAGACAGUGAAGAAAGAGCAUUUUUCUUAA